AUGACAUCGUCCAUCUCAGCUGCGGUUGUUGAUUGUCUCAAAUCUUUUGACAGACUGACGAUACGCGCCGAGUUGGCUGCACACGCGAAUGAGGUCCACACAGAUUCAUGGGCCGAUGAACUCGGAAGGCUGCGAAUCUGGGCAGCAAAUAUCGGCGCUGGUCAAACAGGCCAUGCGUCUCUAGACUAUCAGCUGAGAGAUGCGUCCCAUGUUAGGGCUCAAGCGAUCAAGCUUCUCGAACGGCUUCGGCGAACGCUCGAAGAUGCUGAUGAUUUCCUGACCGAAGGCGAGGAAGUAUAUGAAAAUAUAUUAGCUGAUGAUGAAGAGGAGACAGAGAUACAGCAGAUAUACCGUGGUCUUGUCAACACCAUUGAUUACCUUUUCCAAUCGAGUAUGAUCAUCCGCAGGCCUGCCGCUCACGAUAGGCUCCUGGGGACCAAGAGGCUAGAUGCUGUCGUCUUUGAAAGUUUUGAUCGCGACCAUGUAGCAAAUAAGUAUCCCAACGCCAACAAACCCGUUAUUGAUCGGUUAGGAACUAUAGGCUGUUUAUGUUAG